UUUUUAUUUACGCACCCAGUGGACAGCUGGUGGAAUCAAUCAAUUUGUGUUUUGUAUAUCUCUGUAAAUAGUGUAUUAAAAGCCACAGUUACAAUAAAAUGCUUAAGCAAAAACUCGCGGCCUUGGGUCAUCCAUCGCCCAACGAUGUGGCCUUGAGCAACCGCAAGGAAUUCGCAAGCACAAUUCUCUGGCUGGAAGAUCAAAAGAUUCGCCUCUAUACAAUUGAGGACCGCGAUAAAUUGCGCAAUCUACAGGAUAUGAAGUUGUGGGAAGAAGCUUACCUCAAAUAUUGCAGUGACUUAAGUAUGCCCGCAUUGGAUACACAAUUGGAGCAGCUAACUUGGAUUAUUGGACAUGCAAUACGUCUAGAAUAUCUCGAUGAUCCAGAGCAAUAUGGGUCAAUACAGGCUGAAGACAUUGGCGGGCCCAAAAGGAAUGGCACUGCAACAGUGCCACAAAAAGUGCAAACCAUAUUCGAUGGCAAGAUAAAUGUUGACGACAAGGAAUUCAUUGCGGCUGUACGUCAGCUCGCCACCAAGCUGCAGGUGCCCCAUCACCCCAAUCAUUUGCUACAACUGGAGGCGAUCUCUCGCAUUGUUCACGAACGUCUCAGUGUAACGGCCAAGGAUCGAAAACCAAUAACCGGCACACCAUUUCCUUUUGACAAGGGCAACGAUGUUGUGGCUGGCACUGAUCCAAAACUGGACUAUCCGAUGCGUAUUUUGCGUCUGCUGCAAAUCCAAAAUCUGCGACAGCUGCAAACACAGAUAAACGAAACCAUUGUUGCCGUUCAGAGUCUGACGGCGAAUCCCAAGACUGACACCAAGCUGGGCAAGGUGGGACGCUAAACAACUCGAGCAAGAUGAAAAAAUCGCAACACAAUUGUAAUGAACAAACUAAAUUUACUUAAAAACGAUAAAUUAACUGCCGCGUCUAAAAAACGGAUGAUUUCCAUCAGGUUUCGUUGGUUGUUUCUCGAUUGGUGCAACUUUUGCUUUCAGGAAACUCGCAUCUGCCAAACGCGCUACUCCCAAAAAACCAGCAACUGUUGAAGAAAAAUGUUUAUUUUACGAUUCUUUCAAUGUUUAUUUAUUCUUACCUGCUGCCAAACUCUUCAUUGUGUAAUUCUCCCAAGGCGCUUGGCGGCGUUUCGCUUGGGCUAAGACAAAAGCUCCAAUGCCAAUCAUACCGAAGCCACUAAUAAGGCGGCAGGCAACACAGUCUGCAGCCUCUGACACAUUGUCACGAUACCAUGCAGAUAAUUUGCCAAUCAUUGUUUA